UUAGAGAGAAAGAGAGAAAGAGAGAGAGAGGCGACAGUCUCCAGUUUUGUUGCACGAGGAGUCGUGAGGAGCCUCUGAUGACAGACAGACAGCAGAUCUGCUGCUUCACUGACUGACUGCUAGACCUGGACCAUCACCAAACAGAUGAAGGGGAGCACACUGUUGGCGAGGAGCAAACAACAGAGGCUUUCCUAAAAAAUAAAAAGAUAAUUCAGAAGAAGAAGAAGAAGAAGAAGAAGAAGAAGAAGAAGAAGAAGAAGAAGAAGAAGAAGAAGAAGAAGAAGAAGAAGAAGAAGAAGAAGAAGAAGAAGAAGAAGAAGAAGAAGAAGAGGGGGGCAGGCAGCAAUCAGCCGGCUGGCCGGGACACGGAGCCCGUGCAGCGGGAGAAAUCACCGUCACAUCACAUCACUGCUCCGAGAUGACAAAGUCCCAGUGAAGCAGAGAGAGAUGUCGCAGAAGAAGAUAUUCCUGAUCUUUGUCGCCAUCAGCACUGUCAGUCUUCUGCUGCACCAUGGGGGCCACUUGAGCUGGACCAUAGAGGCCUUUCACCUCGGUUGCCCUGCCCUUCGCCCCCAUCCUGCCCCAGGCCUCAAACCUAAGCACACCAAUGUGGCCUUCCUCAAGACCCACAAAACAGCCAGUACCACCAUGCAGAACCUGCUCUUCCGUUUCGCAGAGCGCAACAACCUCACGGUGGCCUUGCCUGUGCAGGCCUGCAGCCACCAGUUCUGCUACCCGCGCUCCUUUACCUCUCACUUUGUCCACCCCCACACACUACCGCCAAACAUCAUCACCAGCCACAUGCGCUUCAACAAGGCCGAGCUGCUGCGCCUGAUGCCCAAUGACACAAUGUAUAUCACAAUCCUGAGAGAGCCGGGGUCAAUGUUUGAAUCCUUGUUCAGUUACUACAACCAGUACUGUCAGAGUUUUAAGAGGGUCCCCAAUGGCUCCUUGGAGGCUUUUUUACAGGAGCCCUGGCGCUACUACCGACCUGAUGAAAAGGACUCCAUGUAUGCGCGCAACACCUUGACCUUUGACCUGGGCGGAGACAAGGAUCGCCCAGCAACAGAUGUGGUGUAUGCACGGGCCUUUCUGGCUGAGGUGGAGCGAGUUUUCUCCCUGGUGAUGAUUGCUGAGUACUUUGAUGAGUCGCUGGUUCUCCUCCGCCAUCUUCUCUCUUGGGACCUAGAGGACAUUCUGUACGUUAAGCUCAACAUGCGGACACCAAGCUCAAAGCGAAGCCUGACGCCAGGGCUCCCUUCAGAGAUCCGAGCUUGGAAUUCCUUGGACGCACGUCUCUACGACCACUUUAAUGCCUCCUUGUGGCGCAAGCUGUCAGCUCUGGGUCCAGCCUGUGUGGCGCGAGAGGUACGACUCCUUCAGCAAGCCCAGGAGAGGUUAAUGAGGAGCUGCUUUGGUGGACGGAUGCCGCUUCUCCGAUCAGCCGCGCAGAUCAAAAACAAGGAUCUCCGCCCGUGGCAGCCUAGUGGAAAGGUUGACAUUGUGGGCUACGACCUCCCGGUAAAUCUCAGCCGUGGGUUCUCGAGCCAGGCCCAGGAGCUCUGCCUCAAGCUCAUCAUGCCAGAGGUCCAGUACACACGGGUGCUCCUACGUUCCCAAUCACUGCGCUACCGUCGUGGCUAUCAGCUGCGGCCUCCACAGCAGUCACAUUCCCUCCAGCAGCCCAUACGCGCAGUCCUGCCUCGGCAUUCUCAAGUGCACCGCAGCCAACCGCCACCUGUAGCCCCUGGCCCUGUAGCCCCAGGCCCGGCAGCCCCAGGCGCUGUAGCCCCAGGUCUUGCAACAGGGACGGGAUCCACCUCCACUUUGAAGCCAGCUGCAGAAACUCAAGAUCGGACCACAAAGUUAGGGCCUAAAUCCUCACAGACCCAGGCCUCACAGACUAAAAAGUAGAGACUGGAAUAUAACAGAAUGCAUUUUCCUACCCAGUUUGACCCUUGAGACAAUGGUGCUUGGUUGGUUGGGGUGUUGGAAACAAGGGCGUCUUAGGGGAAAAGUCAGGGGCGUUCUUGAAAUAAUGUCUCUCCUGUCCCUUCCAGAUUUGGG